AACUAUCUCACGGCGGAUUUGAGGAUUCAGACAAUGAAGGAUAUUCUCAAGAAUCCGAAUUGACGGAAUCAUUUACCAGCUCAUUAACUGAAAUUUUCAACGAUUUUCACGUCAAUGCAUUCAAACUUUUCGUGGCGGAAGGUACGGAAAGAAUGUUGCGUUUGUAUCCGGGAAUGCCUCUCGAAAAUAUCAGAGAGACGUUGGUUUUUCAAUGGAACCAGAUGGAUAUUUAUCAACGUACACCUUGGAUUAAGAAGGCAGACGAGACUCAUGAAAUUUACUCAAAAACUCUUAUUGCCGAUGGCGACCAAGGAAAUUCUGAAUAUGACAGCGAUAACUCGGAAGAUAUAAAUGAAUUAAUUGAAUCAUCGGAUGACGAAGAAACAUCAGAGGAAUCAACUAUGAGUUUUCCUGAUUUCAUUUAUUCAGAUGUUGAUGGCAAACAAAGCCCUAUUGAAUCAUCGCAAGACACAUUAGUUCCAAGUCGCCCAGUACUUGCACCUAUACCUUCAUGGCCCAGACCACCCGCACCUGCGUUCCUUCAUUUUUCUGAAUAUAUGAGACCCCGAAUUACCGCAGAAAAUCCAUAUUACAAUUAUGGUAUUAUCACAAAGUUAAUUCGUGAACGUUGGGAGUCAAUGACUGUCGAGGAACGCGCGCCAUGGGGACAUUUAGCUCAACAAGAUGAAAUUAGGUUCGAAAAUGAAAAGUUGGCAUCUAGCGAUAAAGAGAAUAUUCCAUUAGAAUGUUAUGGAAAUAAUAAUCAUCGAUCACCAUUGCAACCACGUAAUCUCAAUCAAAUAAAUAACCCUUAUGACGAAACUAUUAUACCACAAAAGAUUUAUAAACCCGAUGAUCGUCGAUAUGGUCUUAAAGUUCCGGCUUUAUACAUGUCCGCUUACGACCUUUUUCUUGCUGAAGUUAAGACUGACUGUAUGAAUAAAUAUCCUUCAUUAAUUACCGAAUCUCAUCUUAAUAAGUGUAUAUAUGAUAAGUGGAAGGCAAUGGAUACUGAAGAACGAAAACCUUGGGAAGAAAGGGCUGCAAUAGACAAACAAAGAUGGGAGAACGAAAGGAGAGAGUAUUUAUCUGAUCAAUUAAGGCGUUUUUCCGAAUCUCAGCGUGGGAUUAUGUUAAAUGAUUGGGCUAAAACCGAUACUAGUUAA